GAAACUGUGGCGUUGUAGCGCAUUUUACUCGUUCCUUUGACGUAAUAUAUUUGAUCAUCUGUACAGCGAACUAAUUUUUACAAUUUUAUUAUGGCGCUAAACAUUGUUGCCAGGUUUUCGCGUAGUGUUCAUCUAAAUACUACACACUUGGAGCAGUUUCGUUGCCCUGUGACUUCUAUUGGAAAAGGCUACUUUGGAUUGCAUCUCAAUCGUAAAUUUAGCACAGAAGCCGUUGGAGAGUCAACGCCGAAAGAAAGUGAUAAAGAAAUAGAAUCCUUAAAGACUGAAAUGCAGAAAAUAACUGAAAGAUAUAAUGAUUUAGAUGACAAAUAUAAAAGGGCUCUCGCCGAGUCCGAAAACAUGCGGAAACGUUUGAUGAAACAGAUAGAUGAAGCCAAACUAUUCGGUAUCCAAAGUUUUUGCAAAGAUUUGCUGGAAGUGGCUGAUAUUUUAACAUCUGCUACUAAAUCAGCUCCUCAAGACCAAUUAAAAGAUGGAGUUAAUCCUCCGUUCGCUAAUUUGUACCAUGGAUUAGUAUUGACAGAAAGCCAAUUGUUCAAGGUUUUCUCCCGCUAUAAUUUAGUCCAGAUUUCUCCACAAGUUGGUGAACAUUUUGACCCAAAUAUUCAUGAAGCUGUGUUCCAAGCUCCUUUGGUAGCUGGAAAGGAAAAGAAUACAGUCGCUGUGGUCACAAAAGUAGGUUAUCAAUUACAUGGACGACCUCUGAGACCGGCGUGUGUUGGUGUGUUUGGACCUUAAAAUAAUUAGAUCUGAAGUAAUCUAGGAAGCUUGAUGACAAUGUUUGUUGUACACUUUAUCUCAUUAUGAUUCUUUGUGUAAAUGCAUAUUAAAGUUAUUCCUUCUUAGUAGUAAGUUAUAUCGUUGCAUAAGGAAGCUGUCGCAUCGAUGUUGAUAAUUCUCAUUCAUAUUCAAACAUAAAUAAGUAGAAUGUCAAACUGUUUAACGAUCAAAAGUUUUGCUGCCUCAAAAAAUACAAUGUGGAACAAUGUAUAGGGAUCAAUAGUUCUUACUUUUUCUAGGCCAAUUUACCAAAAGUCAUUCUUCACAUGAACUUAAAUUAGUAAGUAUGGAGAAAUCUGUAAGGAUUGGACUUACAUAAUGAUUGGUAAUAUUUGGUAAGACUCAACCAUUUAUAAUGUUGCACUCCCUUAAUAAACCAUUCAAUCCAUUGUAUUUUGAGUAAGAUAAACUAUCUAUUCUCCAAGAACAAAACGGCACUUCAAGGACUCUAAAGUGUAGGUCAUUUAAAGAAGACGUUUUUUCAAGACCGACUUUACCACCUCUGUUCAGUAUCGUUAACUCACACAAAUUAACAAUUCGCAGAUGUAUUUGAAAAUAUUUCCUUAUUAGAAUGAAGCUUAAGGGGGUGCACCACCUUUCCCAGAAGGGAAUGAUGGCAUAUGCUAUGCAUACUUGGGCAUAGUUCUGAUAAUCUUCAUCUUAUUACACUAACCAAAGUUGUUUGAAUCGAUGAGUUGAGGAUUUUCAUAUCGUCUCGUGAUUCAAGAGUCUGACUAAUACCUAUCAAUGUCAGAUAAAACAAUUACUUGGUCUUACUGUCAAAUUCUCUCGUCUGUAGAGCAUCAAAGAAAUACCAAACAACGCCCCACAGGGAUUAAUCGAAAAGCCUAAUCUAAUGAGUAUUGUGGUCUCUUCAGAGGUCUUGCUUCUAGUUCAUCUGCUAUUUAAAUCCACUGACCCUAUAAAUAUUUGUUUUUGCCGAAGUUCAACAAGCGGGUGUCCAGAUAUGACGAUGUUAAAGUAAGAAUGUCAUUUUCACAAAGUACAUCCACUACCGGUCAAAAGAACAAGUCACAAUCUUUCUUAAUUAACCUGUAAUUUAUCCUAUGCUAUGAAAAUAUUCAAAUAAUAGGCGACAAACAUGAGACUGCACCAAAAAUUCUUAUCUGAUGCUUGACUUUUCACCCACUAGAGUAUAUACUGGCAAAGAUCCAGUUAUGAUUUAACAAUGCGUACAACUGAACAAUCUAAGAUCUCCGUUAAUAUCUCGAGUGAAAACGAUUGGUAUGUGAAGCAUUUUAACAGUGAAGUAGUUGAAUGAACGCCUCGCGUAUCCAGAAAAUUACUUCCGUCAUGAGUUACAUAGUCUUAUCUCAACUACAAAGUUCUUGUCCUGUUGAAUGGACCAUUCGAUACUACUCAUGAACAAGUAUGCAGCAGGGUAGUUGAUUAUGCGUGGCAUACACGGAAUACGACCCCGUAAGUUCGUUGUAACGACGCUUAUGAUAUGGCUAUUUGACGGUAUCAUUACUAAUAGCUACAAAUAACACUGGUGGGAAAGCCGUCCCUGCAGCACCUAACCCGUUCUAGGAAGUAUGACAUUUAAGAUCUCAGGAUGCAUUUUAUUGAUUACCCACUGUGUACUGCCUUCUAGUGAUUAGUCCAAAAAAUAAAAGCAGGUUUCCCAGUGAAAUUCAAGUGAGUCUUUUUCUUUGAGAAAUAAUAAUUGAAAUGAACCUAUCCUAGACGUUCAGACAAAAAUACCUGUCUAGUUCAUAUGAAUUAUCGAGACUUUCUAAACCAAUCUUUCUGGUUAAUCGACAGUCUUACUGGGACUGCUUAGAGCAUCAUCAUAAAAUAAAGUCGUCCUGAUGAUGUACUUUGUGUCAUUCGACUUGUAUAACCCAAGCUAGACGAAGAAAUUACACUAACUAAACCUCGUAUGAUCAAAUUUCUGAGUUACCUCUUAAAUUUGAAAACCUUAUGUCGAAUAGUCGAUUUAGGUCUUUUGGGAGAAAUACAGAGAAUCAUUAUCCUAGCCAGUUUCUCUAUUUUGAUGGAAAAUUUUGUGUUUUAGGAAGCAGUAUUUGGAAACUUUGAGGAAAUGGCACAAACGCACAAAAACUUCCCCAGGUCUGGGGGAAAUCCCUGAAAUGUUUGGGUUUUCCCCAGAAUCUCAGAACUUUCUGAGUUUUUCCCCACACAAUGGAGAAACUGCCACAUUCCUUACAACUUCGAAGAAAACCCCAAAAUGGGGAGAUUGGGGACGGAUUCCAGAUACUAAACUAGCAAGGCAGCAGGUCCAAAAAGUUACAACUUUAUACAAUACCCUACCACAAAUUGACUAGUUACAGUGUCCAGGACAUUAAGAAAUGGUUUAAUUCAAUCUAAUCUAUAAUAACCCGGAAGUAACGUUUAGAUGCAACGAUCAAGAAUCCUAAUAUAUAUGUUUUAAAAAACAGUCAAUCAGACCUCUGAGGCUACUACCGAAAUGAGUCUGAGCCGUUUACUAACUCAUCUAGAAAAAGACUAAACAUCCACAGAAAUGUACAGGGGAAAUAUUAACUAAGGUUUACCGUCCCCAAAACAAAUCUCGUUUGAAUCUUAUAUAUUCUUUAUUACUUUUGUCGCACAAUAUUUCUCACCUACUUAUUAUUUGAAUAACUUAGUAAUGUGUCUCGAAGAGCAGUGUAACCGGUAUUGUCGGAUGAAUGCAGCUACAAAAUGACUAAGAACCACUAAUGUAUGGACAUCUCAUAAGCAAAUUGCAUUAAAAAGUUUUAUUACGAAUACGUGGUUAUGGGAGAAGAGGGUUAUUUUUCUGAAAUACAAUGGUUAAUUGCAUUAAGUAGACGUACUAUUCUCCGAUCCGUGUUUGAGGUUUUGUUCUCGUUGCUUUUCCUCAUUAUUGACUUGAUAGUCAAUGUGGAUACGAUUUGUCCUAUUUUCCGACUUUUUAUGAUGCUCCUCAACAUCCCUCUUCGUUCUAUUUUUGCCGCCUUUAGACCCCGCUACUUUAUCCUCUUCGUAGUUGUAAUGUUCGUACUCAUCCAUCCCUUCACGUUGAAAUAUAUUGGACACGCGCGCAAGCGUUGGAGU